CCACGCCUUUCGCCUUUUGUUGCUGCUGUUUGCUUGGGCGCUCCGCUUUCCCCUCUCCGCUCCUCCUCAGCGGCGUCCUCACAGUCUCCGGUCGACGGUUGGGCGCAGCGCAGGAUCGCACACGGCGCAUCACCGCCUCGUGCCCGCCGGAACGGUCCCCCGAACAACAACUCCCCGUCGCGAUCUGCUGCCGCACAUCGACCGCAAUUAAGCUCAAGCGAAGCGGCGCGGCCGCGGUGGUCCAUCCCGGUUGGGUUCCGCCGCGCUUGCCUGGUCAGUUGUUACCAGCAUCAGCUAUGGCGUCGUCGACUCUGCGCUCCAGGACACAAGCAGGGGAAGGCGUCCUGCCUAUCGACACGCUCUAUGAGAUCCUGAUCCGCCUUCCGGUCAAGGAUCUCUGCCGCCUCCGUGCCGUCUGUCGGCCAUGGCGAUCUCUCCUCUCCGACCCACAGUUCAUCGCUGCUCAUGCCACCCGUCACCGCCGGCCGCUCAUCGUCGCUGGCCACGACAAAUCGUUUCGUGAUGACGGCAUCCUCUGCGACAUCAUAGACCUCUCUGGCCGGGUCAUUAAGCAGAUCAUCCGCUCGACAGAAGACGAGUGGCUGAUAUCGACCCAGCGUAACCUCGCCUGCAUUGCGAAAGGGACAAGCAAGAGCUGCCAGUUGCUCAACCUAGUCACUGGAGACAGAUUCUCCUUGCCUGAAGGAUUGUCCCAAGAACACACGCCAAGGAAGCUCGACUUCAUGAAUUACAGAGCUUCUGUUGCAUUGGGACAGGUUGCCUCGACGGGGGAGUUCAAGUUGCUUCGUGUGAUUGAUAAUGCCUUCUUCAGCAGCCGCUACAUGCAGCUGUGUGAGGUCUUCACAUUCGGUGGCAGUGGCGAUGCUCGGUGGAGAGGAAAGAAGGCCGCUCAGGAUCGUGUUGAUAUGAGCCCGCUGAGCAGAGUCGUCAUCGAUGGAGUUGUGUAUUUUCUCUUGGACGAGGAUCUGAUCAACCGACAAGUUCUACCAAAAGGCAUUGCUUCCUUUGACCUUCUGACAGAAGAGUGGAGGUCAAUUCUCCGAGGACCUGUAAGCAUCCCUGCUUACUAUUCUAAUCUUUCUCUGGCUGCCCUUAAUGGAUCCUUAGUUCUGGUCCAUUGUAUGUUACAUGUUUCGAUGGACCUGUGGUUUCUGGUGGACACUGAAAAGAACUUAUGGGUCAGAAAACAUACCGUAGAGAUCAAUUUGAGUAUCCAUGAUGAAUUCCUUGCACAUCCUUUGGUGAUACUGAAGAAUGGGAGUAUAGUUACUUAUAUUGGAUCUAGAGGAUUGUUGAGGAUUUAUAAUCCAAGGAUCAACACUUACACAGAUGUGGCAGAGAUGGGGUCCCGUGUUGGAAUUGGUUUGUACACGGGAAACCUAUUGAGCAUAGCAAAUGAUGCCAUUUAAUAAAGAAGCAGUUGUUUGCUGGAGGAAGAAGCUUAAAACAUAAUCCUGAAAGCUGAAGCUGUAUGGAAUGGAGACAGAUUCAUGCUGUGCUUUUAAGAAGUUCAGGGCUCACCUCUGAAGAAGACAGAAAACUUCCGUCCACCUGCAUGCUAUUAAUUGGAUCGUAUACUCUUGCUCUUACAUGGCUUGAACUUGUUACGCAUAUAUUGCUAUCCUUCCAUGAUCAGAAAUAGUAGUAGUUGAUAUGAAUUACAGAAUGUCUAUUGCUUCAAUUGCAGCAGGUUGCAUAUCCAAUGUGAUACUGUUUGGUCAAUAGUCCCUUGUGUAUGUCCUUGUCCACUAGAAACCUGAGAUCGUUGAGCAACCUUGAUGUCAUUGUGAAUAUGUGAUGGACGGUCAUCAAGCAACUAUUUACUAGCAAGAUAGCUGCUCAGUGAACCCUGAAGUGUAGCCGGCUUCCGCUCAUUUGCUGCCAGGUGGAAUACUGGGGACGGUACCUGUACCCUGCGCGCUACGGGUGCAUACGCAUGGAACUUGAUAUGAAUAUUAUUGGUUACCAUAUUUUUUUUGUUGGGAAACGAUAUGUAUUCAAAUAUUCUCGGAUACUAAUACAAAAAAUGUAUUGUUUGAAUA